CCGAAAGAAGAUUUAUACUACACUGGAUGACAAUUAGGCUCCACUACUGAUUAAGUUAGUUGCUUACUGGUCUCAUCAGGACAGCUUGUCACAUGAGUAUAGUUAUGGGGUUCAUAACAAACUUCAUUAACUACUGCAUUAGUGUGUUUCAUCUCGUUUUGUGUAUAUAUAUAUUUGCAGGCACACUUAUAUAAACAAGCUCACAACGUCCUGUUAGACCAGAACACUUCUCUUGCGGAAAAUUCCUUAGAAGACUCCAAGGGAUACUCCAAUGGAGAUGAAGUGCUUGCUGUUCUUGGUUCUCUUCAUUCUGCUAGGAACACAUGGUGGGGAAGCUCAGCCGCUCGUGCCGGGGGUCAUGACGUUCGGUGAUUCAUCGGUCGACGUGGGUAACAACGAUUACCUCCACACCAUCAUCAAGGCAAACUUUCCUCCCUAUGGAAGGGACUUCAAGAACGGCGCAGCCACAGGGAGGUUCUGCAAUGGCAAGCUGGCUACUGAUAUCACUGCUGAGACGUUGGGGUUUGAAAGCUACGCACCUGCAUAUCUUAGCCCAGAGGCUUCAGGGAAGAACCUUCUGAUUGGAGCCAACUUUGCAUCUGCAGGAUCUGGGUACUAUGACCACACUGCACUUCUGUAUCAUGCUAUUCCUUUGUCCCAACAACUGGAGUACUUCAAGGAGUACCAAUCUAAGCUGGCAGCCGUGGCCGGAAGCAGCCAGGCCCAGUCGAUCAUCAACGGAUCGUUGUACAUCAUCAGUGCCGGUGCCAGUGACUUCGUCCAGAAUUACUACAUCAAUCCGUUCCUCUUCAAGACUCAGACCGCCGACCAGUUCUCGGACCGCCUCGUCGGCAUCUUCAGAAACACCGUGGCACAACUCUACGGCAUGGGAGCACGGCGCAUCGGCGUGACAUCGCUGCCGCCGCUGGGCUGCCUCCCGGCGGCGAUCACGCUGUUCGGGUACGGCAGCAGCGGGUGCGUCUCGAGGCUCAACAGCGACGCCGAGAACUUCAACAGGAAGAUGAACUACACCGUCGACUCGCUGUCGAAGACGUACUCCGACCUCAAGAUCGCCGUGUUCGACAUCUACACGCCCCUCUACGACCUCGUCACCUCUCCUCAAUCACAAGGAUUCACGGAGGCGAGGAGGGGAUGCUGCGGGACGGGGACGGUGGAGACGACGGUGCUGCUGUGCAACCCCAAGUCGAUCGGCACCUGCCCGAACGCGACGACGUACGUGUUCUGGGACGCCGUCCACCCGUCGGAGGCGGCGAACCAGGUGCUCGCCGACUCCCUCCUCGCCGAGGGCAUCAACCUGGUCACAUAGAUCGGCUGAAGCUGGCUCAGUGGCUCUGCAUGGCUUCGUCAGCUAGCCAGCAGUGCUGCUGCUGCAUGUAGAUGAAGAUGACAGCACAGGCUUCAAACUCAACCUGUGGAUUAAAUCAAAGUAAUAAUAAUAUAAUAAUGCUUGCUGGGUUGGUUGGCAGUGACAGUUUCUAAGUGUGUUUGAUGUGGAGGGUGUUUCAGGUUGUGGGGUUGUGUCAUGCCAGCAGCUCAAGCAGCAUGGAGGGGAGAUGUAUUUGUUCUAUACUUUUACUUUUAUACACAACUCAAAACAAUUAGGUGCUGAAGCAUUCUGUAUUUAUCCUUUUUAUUUCAA